CUGUCACAUUUCACAUUGCGUGCUCGCACCGCGGCGGCGCAGACGACAACACACCGGCAGCGAACGAAACCAAAGCCAUGGCGGCGGCCAACCACUGCCUCCGCCGCCUCGCCUCCGCUCUUUCCCACGGGCCCCAGCCUCCGGUUCCUCCCCGAUCCCUCGUCCUCCGCUUCGCGCUCUCCAGCUCCGCCCCUUCCACGGGCCCGCCGAUGGCGUCGACGGAGGCCGCUGGGAAGGGGGAGGGAGAGGAAGCGGCGGAAGCCAAGGUCGCUGACGUCGACACCGAAGCGGGGAAGGAGGAGGAGGACGAAGACGACGGCGGCGGCGGCGUGCACGUGAACAAGGCAACCGGCGAGAUUGGAGGCCCGCGGGGGCCCGAGCCCACGAGGUACGGCGACUGGGAGCGCGGUGGCCGCUGCUCCGAUUUCUAGGUGAGACCGUGAGCAGGAAACCUAGCUGUGAUCAUGUGUGCUGUUGGAUUUGUUCUGUGCAAAAACGGUGUUAAAAUUGCGUGUUAUGCUUUUGUCUUCUGGCAUAAACAGAGUUGACAGUACUCGAUUCAGAAUGUUAAGAGCAUCUCCAUGGUUUUUUGCUCGCAUGCCUUGAUUUUGCAUCUCAUGCAGCUAGAGUGGACAGGUGCUCUUAUUAGGUUGCCUGAUCUUGGUUAUGACUGUAAGUUCAGCAAACGUAAUAAAAACAAUGGAAUGCAGCGCACAUCAUUGUGACUUCUUGAAUUUCACACUAGCAAAGUAUGAAAGAUCCUUCUUCCCUGGUUUAGUACAGGUCCGCAGCUCAUAACUUGCCCCCAUUUGGAGUUGCAAAGUGGAUGCUGUCGAAUUGCAUCCUCUGAUUUUGAUUGGUGUCUUUGUUUUUUGUGGAUUGAUUUCACAGAGACAGAGCUCAUGUUGACAU